AUUAAAUACAUCAAGUGAAAAUGAAAUGCUUUUGAUUACGGGGAACAGCUGUUGGCAAUAAAUUUGCAUAAUUUCAAACGAUAAAUAGAGGUGCCGCAUUCCGUCGCAUUCUGUGUGUGUUCCAGUUGCAUUUGCAGUCACUCGGCUCUCCCCCGCCGUUCUGCUGUGGAUAGUUUUCCCCGUUAAUUAAUAAUUAAUUCAACAUUUUCUAUGCAUCGUCCACGCUGCUGCUGUCCUUGGCAGCCCCUUGAUGCCCCACCAUGCUGCAACGUAUGCAUUGAGUGAGAACCAGAAAUCAUCACAAUAGACCGACAACAACAGCAACAAAAACAACAAAAUUGCAACAAAAUCUGAGGCAACAACAAACUGGAACCAUGUCGAGUGGCAACAAUGAAACAGCGCCGCUCUACUGCGGCAGCGGCAUGGAUAACUUCCACACAAGCUACAAGAACAUGCACGGCUAUGUCUCCCUGGUGGUCUGCAUCCUGGGAACGAUAGCAAACACUCUCAACAUAAUUGUGCUCACCCGCAAGGAGAUGCGCUCCCCGACGAAUGCGAUACUCACGGGCCUGGCGGUGGCCGAUCUCGCCGUGAUGCUCGAGUACAUACCCUACACGAUCCAUGACUUUAUCCUGACGGACAGCCUGCCGCGGGAGCAGAAGCUGAGCUAUGGCUGGGCCUGCUUCAUCAAUUUCCAUUCAAUAUUUGCCCAGGUCCUGCACACCAUCUCCAUUUGGCUUACAGUCACGCUGGCCGUGUGGCGCUACAUAGCCGUGGGCUAUCCCCAAAAGAAUCGCGUGUGGUGCGGCAUGCGGACAACCAUCAUCACGAUCUUCACGGCAUAUGUGGUGUGUGUUUUGGUCGUGUCCCCGUCGCUGUAUCUCAUUACGGCCAUCACCGAGUGGAUGGAUCAAUUGGAUGCGAUGGGAAAGGUCAUCAAUUCGAUACCCUUGACGCAGUACGUGAUCGACUAUCGGAAUGAAUUAAUGAGCGUUAAAGUGGCAGCAUUGAAUGCCACUCCACAGAGCCUGAAUCUCACUGAAACGUUGUGGUUUAAUGCCACAGUAGCACCCACAAAUUCUACGCCUGCUCCUGUGGCACCUCCUGCCUCGUUGGUGGUGCGAAAUGUCACCGUGUAUCGGUUGUACCACAGCGAUCUGGCGCUGCACAAUGCCUCCCUGCAGAAUGCCACCUUCUUGAUUUACAGCGUGGUCAUCAAACUGAUACCCUGCAUUGCCCUGACGAUUCUCUCGGUGCGUUUGAUCCUGGCCCUGCUGGAGGCCAAGCAGCGCAGGAAGAAGCUCACCAGCAAACCGCUCACACCCGCUGUGGCUUCGACCACCAAUGGAAAUGGCAGUGGAAAGCCACUGGUGAAUGGAAAAUCCGCAGAGCGACCACGAAAGAAUAGCAAACUGCUGGAGAAAGAGAAGCAAACGGAUCGCACCACUCGCAUGCUGCUGGCGGUGCUGUUACUCUUUUUGAUAACCGAAUUUCCACAGGGUAUCAUGGGUCUGAUGAAUGCCCUGCUGGGCGAUGCCUUCUUUCUGCAGUGCUACCUGAGAUUAAGUGAUUUAAUGGACAUUUUGGCCCUAAUAAACUCCAGCAUCAACUUCAUUCUGUAUUGCUCGAUGAGCAAACAGUUCCGUACGACAUUCACCCUGCUUUUCCGCCCGAAAUUCCUCGACAAUUGGCUGCCAGUGGCCCAGGAUGAGGUGGCCGCCUCUCGAGCAGAACGCUCGGCAGUGGCUCCGGCGUUACAGCAGCGGCAAAUUGUGACUGCAGGUGCCACCACCACGACCAGCACCACUCAAGUGACGAAUCUGUAGCAUAGAAAUCCCAGCCGAAUGUUGGGCCGUCUGUUGAGUCUCCUGAAACGAAGGAGAGACGCGGCCGAAGGUGGAUUCCGUGCAGACAGAGAAGCGGCAGCAGAAAGCGGAUUGGGU